UCAGUCAUGCGUAGAUGCUGAUCCGUGCUGCUGGGUGCGCCAUAUUGGCUGGCUUACAUGGGGAGUGGAGUUAGGCAAGCCACUUGAAAAAUCAAGCCAGUUUCCAGACAUGAAGCGCUUCGAAGAUAACAAGUAAAUCAACGCGGUAGGAUUUGUCUGUUUUCUUGAGUGCAAAGUGUUUAAUUUGCCAAAUUGCUCGCCAUUUUCCCGUGAAGAGGCUCUCGGUGAACUCGAGUCCAAUGGAUCCCAGGACCGCUUGGAUCCAGCCGGAGCAGAAGGGACCUGCCAAUUCCCUGUGGAUGCACAUUUGGGAAACCUCUCUGGGAUUUGGAGCAAACUCCGGCAUCGACAACCACCUUCACCACCAACGCAACUUUGCAGCGCAAAAUGCUAACUCCACGGUCUCAAACGGCGAGUAUUGCAAGAAUGUAGCGCCGCCGCCGGGGGGUGUGUUUGGGAAACUGCCGAAGCGAGACGGCGGCGGAGAGAGGGGAAGUGUCCGGAGGAAGGGCUCGUUGUCGCCGUCCUCCUCCUCUCUGGACUCGGAGGCCGAGAGCUCCUCGCCUUCCGGCUCCUCUCUGCAAAUCGACAAUUUAAACGUCGCAGAAGAGGCCAACCGGUUUUUACACUACGGCGAGCACGAGUUGAACGAGAACAAUCUUAGACAGCAACAUCCCCCUCCGCCUUUUCACACUGUUCAACAACACUGUCGCAGCAUGCAACAAUCUGACGGCCACACCCCCACUGGGAUGAAAAAUCAGCAUGGGAACAAGUACCACCACCAUCAGUCACAUUCAUCCGGCCGCAGGAGGCAUCUGAACAGGGCCAACACUUUCCACGGCAUCAACCCGUUCCUGGCCUACGUCUGCAAUGGACACUAUGCAGACUCAUCUUGUAGCCUGUGGAAAACCAGGCGGUAUAGCCCGGGUAUUAAUGGUCUUCAUGAAGAAAUUGUGGACUUUUUCAACUUUAUGUCACCGCGACCAGAGGAGGAGGCCAUGAGAAGAGAUGUCGUGAACAGAAUAGAGAGUGUCAUUAAGGACUUGUGGCCCACGGCUCGGGUGGAGAUAUUUGGAAGCUUCAGCACAGGACUUUACCUUCCAACAAGUGACAUUGACCUGGUGGUGUUUGGAAAGUGGGACCAUCCCCCACUGCAGGAACUGGAACAAGCCCUGAAGAAACGCAAUGUGGCCGGCCCGUAUCCCAUCAAGGUCCUCGAUAAAGCCACAGUGCCAAUCAUCAAGCUUACUGACCAUGAAACAGAGGUCAAAGUAGACAUCAGCUUCAAUGUAGAGACUGCUGUUAAAGCAGCACAGUUCAUCAAAAGCUAUCUUAAGAAGUACACUGUUCUGCCGCCUCUGAUCUUCGUCCUGAAGCAGUUCCUACUGCAGAGGGAUCUGAAUGAAGUCUUCACUGGAGGCAUCAGCUCUUACAGCCUUAUACUAAUGGCCAUCAGCUUUCUGCAGUUACACCCUCGGAUCGACACACGGCGUGCCAACAUCAACCUGGGCAUCCUGCUUAUCGAGUUCUUUGAGCUGUACAGCCGCGAUUUCAACUACAUGAAGACUGGCAUCAGGGUGAAGAAUGGAGGGGCUUACAUGUCCAAGGAGGAAAUGCUCAAAGCCAUGGGGAGUGGAAACAGGCCAUCCAUGCUCUGCAUAGAAGAUCCAAUACAGCCAGGAAACGACGUGGGCAGGAGCUCAUAUGGCAUCCUGCAAGUCAAGCAGGUGUUUGACUUUGCCUACAUGGUGCUGAGUCAUGGUGUGUCUCCUCUUGCACGCGCUUACCCCAACAAAGAGUAUGACAGUACUUUAGGACGCAUCAUCAAAGUCAGCCCAGAGGUGUUAGCCUACAGGGACUGGACAAUCAAGAAGUGGGGGGCCAAGCAGUAUGCCAAGCUGGAGAACCAUGAUGUAGAGACCUGUGAACAUGACCUUGCCAGGCUGAUGCUGGUUUCUGUGGAGGAUCAGAGAGACACUUCUUCCCCUCUCAGUACUGACUCCCCCUCACCUUCUCCAGUCUUCCUCCCCAGCCCUCAACACCGUUCAUCAUCAUCCUCUGCAUGCUCGCUCUCCUCCUCCUCCGGAAGUGACAUAGAGUCUGAUUCUCCCCAGAACAGUAAUGCUGCUAUCCAACUCCACCCCCUCACUCUGGCCUCAGUCCAUUCAGUAAUCCACAUGGCUACUGAUCUGAGGGCCCCACACCCAGUGGGCUUUAUCCACACCACACCUCAGGUCCAGAUGUCCCUCCCAGAAAACCUAACCAUCCCCUCCCUCUCUGAUUGCCAGUUCUACCAUGAGAAUCCACCUUCAAUCAGUGUGGUGCACCGUCACACAUCACAAGCAGCACAAGUCUCCCAGCACACUAACUCCACAAGCCCUCUCCCUAGCCCCCUCCACCAGCUCCACCAUCCUCAGGUAGGAGGGCAGCAGAGCCACACUUACACCAUGAGAUCCAAUUCCCAUGGCUCACUUGAGCCGCACAAAGUUGGCUUCAAGCACAGCCAAGGUGGCAACCUUCGAGGUCAAAAUCACUCUCAAAGUAACUUCAGUCCCCAGCGGCGGUUUGUUCCCCAGGGUCAUAACACGGCACCAGGUUUCAGGAACCAGCAGCAGUACAACCGUAACACCUGGCGCCGCAGAAAGCGGGAAAAUCUUCCUGCUCUUAACCAGAGCAGAUGAAAGAGGAAAGCUGCAUUACUUGACUGGCAUUGGUUUUUUAAGGCCUCACUUAGCCCAUCAUGAGUCUUGGUGUUGAGAGGGCUUAUCUGUGCUCAUUUUGUUACAUCGGUCUGAUGGUAGUCAGAAGCCCUUCCUCUAAAUUUGAUGCACACCAGCACAGAAUUUGAGUUGAUUGAGGAAUUACUGAUUCCCAGACUGGGUCUUCCCACCAGUGUCAGCUGCUAAAAACUGAAGAGUUUGGUCAAGUAUUGAGUUUCCAUGCAACUUGGAACAUCUUCAACAGCAACAUUAUGUGCCAUAGUACUGAACUGGUUUAUCAAACCUGGUCGUUCUUGAAGUUUUGAUUCUUAUUGGGCCUUUUCGAUCAGGUUUUGGGCUCGUUUGGUCUUCUGAAUGCAACUCCCUAUUGGCUACACUCUUGAUUCAGAGCUCUGACAGCUUGGACUAUCAUCUACAAAUUGUACUCUGGACUGAAGCGAAGCACUACCUUUCUACCUAUGCAGCGCAACGCUGGCUUGAUGUUUUUGGUAUGACAGCACAAUUCGGACCUUGUCUCAAGUGCUUAAACUGUGAUGACUUGUUUGAAUGUACAAAGUGUUUCUUUUUUGUGUGUCGGUCAUUAUCUUUUGUUCUCCUGUUUUUUGUCACUGAGGGAUUUAUUGUUUUGGUUUUUUUUGUUUUUUGUCACACUGGCACUAUUUUGUUUUUGUAUUGUAAACAUUGCCACCUUAUUUUGUUUGUUGCGUUUAUGUGCAAUAAUGACUUGCUUUUAAUUUAUUUCACAUUUUAGUUUUAUUUUAGGGGUUCUCCCCACUGUCUGCUUUUUUAUUUCUAGACUACAUUGAUCUGUGCAAUAGAUGGAUUUAAGGGCCUUGAAGGUGUGUGUGUGUGUGUGUGUGUGUGUGUGCAGCUUUCUAGCAGAAGGGGGAGCUAUGGUAUAGCAACAUGAGAAAUGUGCCAAAUAUCCCAUAAUGCCAACAUUUUACUCAUUUCUAAUUUACCAUUGGAUUAUGAUCACUUGAAAUUUUGCCAACUGCCUGUCCAAAUGUUUUUCCACCACUAGUUAUCAUUUUAAACAUGUCACACUAUCCAGUAGUUUAUUUGGGUGUAUUUCCUCUUGAUAGACUGUUGGCUAAAGAAAAACACUGCUAAAAGAACCGUAAGCAGUGUUUUUAUUCAUGUCAUUUCAAAAAUAGUUGGUGCUACUUAUUACCAGCAAAGUGCUUGUGUUUUGCCUUAUAUCUCCUUUUUGAUUCUGUUCAAGCAACAGGUUAACUGCCUUCUUAAAUGACCAAAUUUGCCCUUUUUCCUGUCCGUAGCCAGCUUUGUGUAUUACCUAUUUGUUUCUAUAAGCACUGCCAGGUUUACUUGGCUUUUAUUUUUACAUGCAGCUUCUAGGUGUAUGCUCCAGGAGUAGACUCCUACUGCAGUUGACAAUUGUUAGCAUUAGCAUCAUGUCACAUAUAAUUUUUUUUUUUUUUUUAUUAAUUUAAAUGUGAUAAUUAUAAACCGGUUGUAUAAGAGGUCAUUGCAGAGAUUUUCCUCUCCCAUAUUUAAAGUCAAGACAAGGUUUCAAAGCUACAUCAUUUACACAGCAAUCCAUAAUGAGCUUGGGAUGUCAGAUUCACCGUUACAGGAGUUUUGUAAAGCCAUUAACAAAACCAAAAUUUGGUGAAGUUCAAAAUGUUUCAAAAGUCUGGUUACCAAACUGAUGGACUUAGCAUGAUACUGUUAGCAUUAUCCCCUUGUUUUCAGUGCGGCUUUUAUUAAGCUGUCUAGAGGAUAAUUGAUGGGUUGUUAUCAUAUUGCCAUGAACCAAAUCCCCAGCUCAUGUGUGUGUAAUUAAAGAUGGGCUGUAAUGUGUAACUGACAGACAUAUAUAGAUGUAUACCUUGUUUUUUAUGUAAGUUUUUCUAUUUUUUUAAUAAACAUUUUAAAACUCCA